AUGACUUGCAAGCGCAGAAAUCACGGGCGUUCUAAGCACGGUCGAGGACACGUCGUGGCCAUUCGUUGCACCAACUGUGCCCGAUGCGUUCCCAAGGAUAAGGCCAUCAAGAAGUUUGUCAUCCGAAACAUCGUCGAAGCCGCAGCAACCCGGGACAUCUUGGACGCCUCCGUGUACCAGCCGUAUACUCUCCCCAAGCUGUAUGCCAAGCUGCACUACUGUGUUUCCUGCGCUAUCCACUCCAAGGUGGUUCGUAAUCGGUCGCGAGAAGCCCGCAAGGACCGCAACCCGCCGCCCAGGUUCCCGAACCGCCCGGAUAACCGUCAAGGAGGCCCUCCUGGAGCUGGUGGACCCGGCAAUGCUGGUGGUGCCGGUGCGCGCAAGCCUUGA